AUGGGCAAGAUUUACAUAGAGAGCCUCUCCGGCAGGAGCUUCCACUCCAGGCAAGGCAAGGCGUACCUGUUCAACGACGUCGUGAACAUAUCCGAGGGACCAAAGGAGGAACGCCUGAUGACGACAGGUCUGCAUGAGGUUGCUGACAUCCACUGCAAGAAGUGCAUGCAGCUGUGCGGCUGGAGAUAUGUGAUGGCACACGAGGAGAACCAGAAGUACAAGGAGGGCAAGUUCAUCUUGGAGAGGGCCAAGAUGAUGGACCUGUACGAGGGAAACUUCACAUCAGCCUCUGAGGCAUCAACAGUCAUCCUGGGCAACGACAUGGAGGAGGUCUGCAGCUAG